UCUCAGAGUGGAAACUCCAGUGUGCAGCAUGUUCAGAUAAGAGUAGCUCAUUUGGAGGAUAGUCCAGUUCUUCCUCAGAGUUCAGUGGCAGCAUUGCAGAUCCCUGUACAGAUUACUCAUCUAGCCCCAGACCCCACUUCCCCCAGUACUGACCCAGAAGCUAGCACACUACAGACAUUUGAGAUCCUACCAUCAUUCUAUUUGCAGCCAGCUGGCACAACAGGCACCUUCAUUCUGCAAACAGGAUCUUCCCAAAGUCUUCCAUUAUCCCUGGCAUCCAGUCCAUCUGUAACCUUGACGUCCAGCACUUCCCCAGCAUCACCAGAGCAAAUUAUUGUGCAUGCCUUAUCUCCGGAACACCUCCUAAGUUCAAAUGACAAUGUCACUGUCCACUGCCACACGCCUGGAAUUAUAAUUCGAACACUUGCUUCAGAUGACAUCUCUUCACCCUUCACUCAGACUGAGCUUUCUAUAGACUCUGCCUUACAGCAAGAAGAUUUGAAUAGUCCUCAGAGUUGUCAUGAAGCUGAUCAUCUUCCCCAAGAGAUCCAUCAUAAAUCACAUUAACAGUAGCCAUGACUCUUUGUAUUGCACUGAGCAGUCCUCAAAAAUGAGGGUGGGGAGUACUAUGAAACUGUUACCGCAUCCCGAUGUAACAGAG